GGGGGGGGUGGAGCCGCACUUCGUCGCCGCGGGGGUGCCGGGACUCCGGCCGCAGUGCCGCCGCCAUCACGGACUUCCUGUGGGACAAGCGCACGGGCCUCGCCGCCAGAACGAUGCCUCAUCCACGAAGGUACCAUUCCUCAGAGCGCGGCAGCCGGGGGAGUUACCACGAACACUAUCGCAGCCGAAAGCAUAAGCGGCGAAGAAGCCGCUCCUGGUCGAGUAGCAGUGACCGGACCCGGCGGCGCCGGCGGGAAGACAGCUACCAUGUCCGCUCCCGGAGCAGCUACGAUGACCGAUCGUCGGACCGGAGGGUGUACGACCGGCGGUACUGCGGCAGCUACAGGCGCAACGACUACAGCCGGGACCGGGCCGCCGCGUGCUACGAGCCCGACUGCCGCCACUCCUGCGAGCACCGCCGGGAGGACGGCAGCUACCGCAGCAGCCGCAGGAAGCACCGGCGGCGGAGGCGGCGCAGCCGGACGUUCAGCCGCUCGUCUUCGCAGCACAGCAGCCGGAGAGCCAAGAGUGUAGAGGACGACGCUGAGGGCCACCUCAUCUACCACGUCGGGGACUGGCUACAAGAGCGAUAUGAAAUUGUCAGCACUUUGGGCGAGGGGACCUUCGGCCGAGUUGUCCAGUGUGUCGACCAUCGCAGGGGUGGGGCCCGAGUCGCCUUGAAGAUCAUUAAGAAUGUGGAAAAGUACAAGGAAGCAGCUCGACUUGAAAUCAACGUCCUGGAGAAAAUCAACGAGAAGGACCCUGACAAUAAGAACCUCUGUGUCCAGAUGUUUGACUGGUUUGACUACCAUGGCCACAUGUGUAUCUCCUUUGAGCUUCUGGGCCUCAGCACCUUCGAUUUCCUCAAAGACAACAACUACCUGCCCUACCCCGUCCACCACGUGCGCCACAUGGCCUUCCAGCUGUGCCAGGCCGUCAAGUUCCUCCAUGAUAACAAGCUGACACACACGGACCUCAAGCCUGAAAAUAUUCUGUUUGUGAAUUCAGACUAUGAGCUCACCUACAACCUAGAGAAGAAGCGAGACGAGCGCAGCGUGAAGAGCACGGCCGUGCGGGUGGUGGACUUCGGCAGCGCCACAUUCGACCACGAGCACCACAGCACCAUCGUCUCCACUCGCCACUACCGAGCACCAGAGGUCAUCCUCGAGUUGGGCUGGUCACAGCCUUGUGAUGUGUGGAGCAUAGGCUGCAUCAUCUUCGAGUACUAUGUCGGCUUCACCCUGUUCCAGACCCAUGACAACAGGGAGCAUCUGGCCAUGAUGGAAAGGAUCUUGGGUCCUAUCCCUUCCCGGAUGAUCCGAAAGACAAGGAAGCAGAAAUAUUUCUAUCGGGGCCGCCUGGAUUGGGAUGAGAACACGUCAGCUGGGCGCUAUGUGCGGGAAAACUGCAAACCGCUGCGGCGGUAUCUGACCUCAGAGGCAGAGGACCACCACCAGCUCUUCGAUCUGAUUGAAAGCAUGCUAGAGUAUGAACCUGCUAAGCGGUUGACCUUGGGGGAAGCCCUUCAGCAUCCUUUCUUCGCCCGCCUUCGGGCUGAGCCACCCAACACCAAGUUGUGGGACUCCAGUCGGGAUAUCAGUCGGUGACGAUCAGGCCCUGGGCCCCCCUGCACGGCCUGCCGCGGUGGGUGUCCAGUCCAGGACACUGGUGCUUUUUUAUACAAGAGAACAGAGCCGGAGCCUGCUCCUUCCUCCUGGCUCCCUGUACACCUGUGAAUAUGUGAAAUAGUGUAAAUACGGAAGAACUUGUACCUCCUGCUUCGUCCCGAGCCUUGUACAGAAUGCUGUCCCUUCCCACACUCUCGCCGCCGUCACCUGCCCCCUUGGACGGGGCAGGACGAGCUGACCAGGUGGCAUCUGCCCGUGUUUUAUAAGGAAUUUUGUACAGUCUUUGUGAAAUAAAAUGACGUGCUUCAAUCCGA